GCCCACCAUCUUUUUCGGUUCCUUGUGGCCACCCGUGUCCCUUCGCCGGAAAACCGCUCAGUCCAGCCGCUCCAGUUCAGCCUGCUGAAAUGGCCAAGCCCCGAGUCUUCUUCGAUAUCGCCUCUGACGGUGCCUCCAUGGGACGGAUUGUGAUGGAGCUCGACGCCGACGUGGUGCCCAAGACUGCUGAGAACUUCCGUGCCCUCUGCACCGGCGAGAAGGGCUUCGGCUACAAGGGCUCCACCUUCCACCGCAUCAUCCCUGACUUCAUGUGCCAGGGCGGCGACUUCACCAACCACAACGGAACUGGUGGAAAGUCCAUCUACGGCAACAAGUUCGCCGACGAGAACUUCACUCUGAAGCACACCGGUGCCGGCAUCCUGUCCAUGGCCAACGCCGGACCAAACACCAACGGGUCCCAGUUCUUCAUCUGCACGGCCCAAACAUCGUGGCUUGAUGGGAAGCACGUGGUGUUCGGGAGGGUGAUCGAGGGGCUAGACAUUGUAAGGAAGAUGGAGUCGAAGGGCACCCAGGGCGGCAAAACCAAAUCCAAGGUCGUCAUCGCCGACUGUGGGCAGCUCUGAGCUCCAGCACUUAACCCUUUUCUGCUCGCCCUGUAGCCACGCCCCUGUAGGCUCCGCCCCCUCUCUGCCAUUCAACAUUCCUAUUGAUGGAGAUUCAGCUGAUCCCCCCUCUUUUUUUUUUUUUUUUUUUUUUUUAAUUCUGUUGAAAUCGUGUUGCAGCAUUUGUGACUUUGCCUUUGGAAGUUUCUUUUGCAUUAACGGUUUGUUUUUUUUUUUUUGUUUUUUCACAAAAUCCCAAGUUUUUUUUUUUAAGUCAAAAAAAAGAAUAAGAAAAUAAAACUGAAAAGUUGCCUUGACAAUUGAAACGCGUGUGCUUUUUGUCUUUGACUACAUAGAAAACUAUGCAGCCUAUUGAGACGGUAACGUUACCUGUACAGGUUGUUUCAGCGCCGUAGAGCCAACACGAACUUCGUCGCCAGUGUUGCAGCUGACUGAACCAGUCGGAUCGUUUUACCGGCGAAGCAACGGUGCUGAACGUGGCGACGUCUGCUGGGCGCCACCAAGUACUGCACGCUGUCAGACUUAAUCCAAGGCCGUAAUGAGGAGUGAGACGUUGCCAAAUGAAAAUCCGCACAGCGCCGGUCAACAUCCAGCUGCGUCCCGAGAGAUUUGCUGCCUGCGGUCUGGUUUUAAACGAGCACAUAAACGUUCUGAGCCGACAAUGAAUUGGUGUCAAUAAACCUGAUCCAACUAAAAUCAACGAAGGACACAAACUUAAGGUGUUUCAAACUAAACGUGAAGGCUCUUAUAACACCUGAGCAGUGCCACAGACUGGCCGACUCUAAGCCGCAUUGCCGCAGUAAUUCAGGCAAAAGGAGCCCCAACUAAGUAUUGAGUGCCGUACAUGCUCAUACUUUUCAGUUGGCCAAGAUUUCUAAAAAAAUCCUCUUUGUAUUGGUCUAAUGUUCUGAGAUACCGAAUUUGGGAUUUUCCUUAGCUGUCAGUCAUAAUCAUCAAAAUUAAAAGAAAUAAACAUCUAAAAAUA